GCCCGAGGGGGGAGGGCUGGAGGUGAAGUUGGAGCUAGCGGGGGCCGUGGAGGCGAAGCUGGAGUGGGAUGGGCUGCAGAUCAAGGUGGAGGUGAUGGAGGAGGGGGUGGAGGUGACCCCCGAGGUGAAGCAGGAGCUAAUAGACGGAGUGGAGGUGAAGCAAGAAGUAGUAGACAGAGUAGAGGUGAAGCAGGAACUUACAGACGGCGUAGAGGUGAAGCAGGAACUUACAGACGGAGUAGAGGUGAAGCAGGAAUUUACAGACGGAGUAGAGGUGAAGCAGGAACUUACCGACAGCAGAGAGGUGAAGGAGGAAUGUAUAGACGACGUAGAGGUGAAGGAGGAAUGUAUAGACGGCGUAGAGGUGAAGGAGGAAUGUAUAGACGGCGCCGAGGUGAAGGAGGAAUUCUUAGACAGAGUAGAGGUGAAGGAGGAAUUCUUAGACGGACUAGAGGCAAUGGAAGAGGUGGUGGGUCGACUGCAAAUGAAGAAGGAGAUGCUGGGCUGGUUGGAGGAGGGUAUCCCAGUAAUGAGUAGAGUGGAGGUGAAGGAAGAGGUGAUGGUGGGAGAAAUUGGAAUGGGAGAGAUGACAGUGAAGGAAGAGAAGAUGUCAGGUGGGUUGAAAGUGAAGGAAGAGCUGAUGGAUGGGAUGAAAAUUUUGGAAGCGAUCAUAGAUGGGAGAAACGUCGAAAAGGAGAUGAUGGAAGGAAUGGAAGUGAAGGAGGAGGCAGUUCAGGUGGAGAGGGAGACAGAAGUGGAUGUGAAUAUACAGGCGAAGAAGGAGGAAAAUGGAAUGGAAGUGAAGACGGAAGUGGAUGGAAUGGAGGUGAAGAAAGAGGGGGUGAAGGAAGAAGAAAUGGAUGGAGCCUGGGUGAGGGAAGAUGGAGCAGAGCUGAGAGAGGAACAUGAGCCACCCAGAGAGCUUCGGGUGGGCAGCAAGCGGAAGCUGGCCAUGUCAAGCUGUGAAACAUGUGGUACAGAAGAAGCAAAGUACAGGUGUCCACGCUGUAUGAAAUGUUCCUGCAGUUUAGCCUGUGUGAAGAAACACAAAACAGAGCUUACGUGCAAUGGCAUUCGAGAGAAGACAGCAUUUGUUUCAUUAAAGCAGUUUACUGAAAUUAAUCUUCUAAGUGAUUAUAGGUUUUUGGAAGAUGUGGGAAGAUCAGCUGACUACAUUGCUAGAGAUAUUUUUUUGAAAAGACCCUCAACAAAUAGAAUUUUAAAUUACAUGAAAAACCGAGCACGGAGACACAAUAUUGACUUAAGAAUUUUACCAAUUGGCUUCACCAAAAGAAGAGAGAAUUCAACAGUGUUUGAUAGGAAAGAACAGCGCUUCUAUUGGCAUCUGAAACUGCUGUUUCCUCAGAGUCGUGCUGAAUAUGUGGAAAAAGGAGUUCCCGGUGAUAAGAAGCUUCAUGAAAUAUUAACAACCUAUAUUGAUCCUGAAAAAUCUGAUCCUGUAAUUCGUCAGAGGUUAAAAGCUUAUGUCUUUUCUGAGAGUGGAAUUCAAAUUUUAAUGAAGAUUGAAAAUAUGCAGCACAACUUAGUCAGGUAUUAUGAACUGGAUCCUUGUAAAAGUCUCAUAGACAAUUUGAAAGACAAAGUGGUGAUUGAGUAUCCAACUUUACAUGUGGUAUUGAAAGGAUCUAAGAAUGACAUGAUAAUCCUUGGCCAAGAGAGAAAUGAAUCCACUGAGAGUUUUGGCAGUGAAAAUCCGGCACUUUCUUCUGAGGAAGAAGGUGAAAUCCAAGAGAGUUCCUGAGGAAUAUGCAUUGGUUGUCUACUUUGGGAAAGGAGCACCUUUGGUUUUGGUUUUUUACUUUUAAAUUUAAUUUUAAAAUUACGUUACGAAUUAUUUUCCUGACCCAGUUUUCAUGUGAAGUGCCCGGUCAGUUUACAAGGUUUUUUUCCCACUUUUUCUUUGAUCAUCAUAGAACAAAUUUGUUCCCAUUUUUGUAUGCUUAGUAUAGCAGGCUUAUAAACUUUAAUAUUUAAUAUCUAACCUUUAUUUAGAGAUUUGGAAGUGUAGCAACUCAGAUUCUUGCUAACCAGUGAAAGAUUGGUGCAUAAAAUACAUGGUUUAAAAGAAUCUGGCUCCAUGUGGGUUCGAAUAUUACUAUGUGUAUUGAUCCUGGAGCAAUAAUCCAUUUUUUUUUUUUACUGCAUGUGUAUCUUUUCCAUCUUGAGGGAAGGAAAAAGCAAUAUCUUAUAAUUGAGUAGAUUAAUCUGUAAGGCACCUAAUGUAAACAAAUGAGGACUUUGGUAAAAUAUCACAGAAGGAAACCACUGUUUCUGCUGUUUGAGCCGUCAAAGUGUUUGCUCUCCUUACUAGGAAUCAUAAGUGUUUAAUGCCAUCUUCCCUUCCAUCACCAUCACAUGCUUAUCCCCUUUAAUUUCAUUAAAGGAUGUAUUGAGUAGUUGGGUUUUUAAUUUGUUUAUUUUCCAUUCCUAGCAAUACCUGAAAAACUUGGAAUCUGUGCUAUAGAAAUGUACAUAUGUGUAUUUAUUAUAUAGACACUUUAAAUUUUUAUCAUAUGGUAUCUUUGUAAGCCUUAUGAUUUCACUUGUUGGAAUUGCAAAGUUUUCCUAAUUUUACUGGAAUUUCUUAAGUUGUGAAAUGACUGUAUAG